GAUUCCAGGGGGCGUGUUCUGGAGCCCCGGGACACUUAUGGGGGCGUAUCUGCGGGGAAGUUCUGGCCCGUUGGACCUGUCCAGACGAAACUUCGAAGGGAUGGGUUAGGGCCUGGGCCGGACCUCGCUCAGGCGGCGUUUGAGGCAGCCCCGAAGGGGUCCUCUUGGGGCCUUCCUCCCUUUGAACUGCGGUGGCGGGCGGGCUCACAGUCUCCUGCACCUCUCAGAGUAGGGGCCGCCAUCACCAUGGCCACGGCUGCGAAUCGGCUCUGUGCCGACGGUUCGCGGGAUAUCUUGUGGCGCGUUUUGGGCUGGAGGAUAGUUGCAAGUAUUGUCUGGUCAGUGCUACUUCUACCCAUCUGUACCACAGUAUUUAUAGUCUUCAGCAGCAUUGAUUUAUUUCAUCCUAUACAGUGGCUGUCUGAUUCUUUCAAUGAUCUAUGUAGUUCCAGUGUAAUCUUUUACCUCCUGCUGCUGUCAGUGGUAAUAGUAAUAAUAAGUGUUUUCAAUGCGGAGUUCUAUGCAGUUGUGCCUUCUAUUCCCUGCUCCAGACUGGCACUGAUAGGGAAGAUCAUUCAUCCUCAGCAGCUCAUGCACUCUUUUAUUCAUGCUGCAAUGGGAAUGAUGGUGGCUUGGUGUGCUGCAGUGAUAACCAAGGGCCGAUACAGUUUUCUUGUGGUUCCCUGCACCGAUACUAAGAGCUUCGAUAGCCCUGUUGGACAAACCUGCUUAAAUGAGUAUCACCUUUUUUUCCUACUGGCUGGAGCAUUUAUGGGCUAUUGCUAUAGCCUCCGGUAUUUUAUUAACAACAUGAACUAUCUUCCAUUUCCCAUCAUACAGCAAUAUAAGUUCUUGCGCUUUAGGAGAUCCCUGCCCUUAUUGGUUAAACACAGUUGUAUGGAAUCACUGUUCCUGAUUAGAAAUUUCUGCAUCGUGUAUUAUUUUCUUGGUUAUAUUCCUAAAGCUUGGAUUAGUACUGCUAUGGACCUUCAGAUAGAUGAGCAAUUUCAUAGGCCUCUUGACACUGUGAGUGGCCUCUUGAAUCUCUCAUUACUCUAUCAUGUCUGGUUAUGUGGUGUCUUUCUCCUGAUGACUUGGUACAUCUCAUGGAUACUCUUUAAAAUCUAUGCCACAGAGGCUCAUCUGUUCCCUGUUCAGCCACCAUUUGCAGAAGAGUCAGAUGAAUGCCUCCCAAAAGUUUUAAAUAGCAAUCCUCCCCUCAUCAUAAAGUAUUUGGCCUUGCAGGACCUGAUGUUACUUUCUCAAUAUUCUCCCUCACGAAGACAGGAAGUUUUUAGCCUUAGCCAACCAGGCGGACAUCCCCACAAUUGGACAGCCAUUUCAAAGGAGUGUUUGAAUCUUUUAAAUGAUAUGACUCAGAAACUGGUUCUCUACCAAGAAGCUGCUGCUACGAAUGGGAGGGUAAUGUCUUCAUCAUACUCAAUGGAACCUAAGAAAUUGAAUUCUCCAGAAGAAACUACUUUUCAUACACCCAAAUCUAGCCAGAUGCCUCAGCCUUCAGUGCCACCUUUAGUUAAGACAUCACUGUUUUCCUCAAAAUUAUGUACACCUGAUGUUGCAAGUCCCCUUGGAACCCCAUUUGGCUCUAGUGUAAUGAAUCGGAUGGCUGGAAUUUUUGAUAUAAACACCUGCUAUGGGUCACCUCAAAGUCCUCAGCUAAUAAGAAGAGGGCCAAGAUUAUGGACUUCGGCUUCUGAUCAGCAAAUAACUGAAUUUUCUAAUCCUCUAUCUACCACUAUUAGUGCUGAGGGUAAGGCAGUGAGACAGCCCAGUGUGAUUUAUUCAUGGAUUCAGAAUAAACGUGAACAGAUUAAGAAUUUCUUGUCAAAACGAGUGCUGAUAAUGUAUUUUUUCAGUAAGCACCCAGAGGCCUCUAUUCAGGCUGUGUUUUCAGAUGCCCAAAUGCAUAUUUGGGCAUUAGAAGGUCUGUCUCACUUAGUAGCAGCAUCAUUUACAGAAGAUAGAUUUGGAGUUGUCCAGACAACACUACCAGCUAUUCUUAAUACUUUGUUGACGCUGCAAGAGGCAGUUGACAAGUACUUCAAGCUUCCUCAUGCUUCCAGUAAAUCACCUCGGAUUUCGGGAAGCCUUGUGGACACUUCUUAUAAAACAUUAAGAUUUGCAUUUAGAGCCUCACUAAAAACUGCCAUCUAUCGAAUAACUACUACAUUUGGUGAACAUCUGAAGAUGUUUGAUUAUGAGGUGCUGUCGCAGACCCCAUGGGAGUGGUAUAUAAUAUGCAUCACUAUUACCUUUUUGAAAAAUUCUUUAUUCUGAAACAUCUGGCCUCAGGAGUUUUAAGACAAGUGUUUCUAGAUCCUGGGAGAAGGUAUCAUAUCCUCUCCAGAGGAAAACAGCACCCUGGGCCUCAAUUAUUUCUACAAGUUUUCAAAUGCAAUAUCUGUACACAAAAAUAACCAGGCAUGGGAAGAAACAAGACAACAUGAAUGAGAGCAACAAAAGCAACAGACAAGAGACCCAUAUGGAUUGCAGAUAUUAGAGUUAUCAGAUUUUACAAUAAUUGUGAUUACUAUGUUCAAUAAGAUUUAAAAUUGAAAUUUUCAUUAGAGAAGUAGAAAUUACAUAUAUGUGUAGUAGAAACCACACACAUAAACUACAUAUGUAUAUAUAUAAAAUUGAAAAGAAAUUCUAGGACAGAAAAAUAGAAUAACUAAAAUUAAGUCAGUGCAGAUAAGUUUCUGCAGAUUAGACAUAGCUUAAGAAAAAUGACUUGGAAGAUAGGGCAGAAGAAAUUAUGCAGAAUAAAGCAUGGAAAGUCAAAAAUAUCGAAAUACUGAAACAGGUUAAGACACAGAUGAUACAAUGAGAAAGUUUAUGAGUGUAAUUAAUUGGACUCCUGGAAGGAGGUAGAGAUUUAAUGGAACAGAAGCAAUUUUGAAGAUUUAAAAGCAAAUAACUUUAUAGAGUCAAUGAGACAUCAAGCGAGCGGCAGGUUGGAAAAUCUCUGUGAACCCUAAACAUAAAUAAAAAUGCGCAUUAAGGUACAGCAUAGUAAAAGUGCUAAAAACCAAAGACAGUGUCUUCAAAGUAGAGAGAAGAAAGACCAUUUUUAAAUGAGCAACAACUAAAAAGCUAACUUCUCAACAAGAACAAUCGAAGGCAGUGGAAUGGAAAUUUUAAAGUGCAGAAAGAAAUUUUCUAGCCUAGAAUUCCAUACCCAGCAUUAACCUACAAAAAUAACAAAUAAACAUUUUCAGGCAAACAAAAGAGAAAUUUCAUCAACAGGUCACAUUAAAAAGAACUUAAUUUAUAAAGAUAGUUUGUUCAGAGAGAAGAAGGACAGAGAAACAGGAAGAAAUUAACAAAAAAGGUAAAUAGACUUAUGAAACAAUGUCUGAUGAGGUUUUAAAUAUAUGGAGAAUUAAAGUACACAACACAAUAACAUAUAUAAGUCAGUAUUUGGGAGUUAAAAUAUCCUAAGGUCUUAACAUUGGGAAGAGAGUUAAAGUGUCAGCAGUAGAUUUUGAUAUAAUAAAGAUGCGUAUAACUUAAGGAUAACUAAGAAGAUAGUAAAAGUUUCAAGCUGAGACAGAAAGAAUGGAAUAACAAGAAUCUAAAAGUAAGGAAGGAAAACUAAAUCUGUAAUAGGCAGGAUAAAGAAAAUGCUCAUAGUAAGAUGUAGAUUUAAACCCAAGUAUAUCCAGUAAUUACAUUAAAUAUAAAUGGACUAAAUGUUCUGAUCAAAAAGCAAAAAACUAAAAAUCCAACUGCUGUUAACGAGCCACAUCUAAAACAAGGAUAGAUAUAUUGAAAAUAAAAGGAUAGGAAAGAUAGGCAAACACUAAAAAGCUGGAAUAGUUGUAUUAAUUUUUUGACAAAGUAUCAUUUAAGGUAAAAGCCUUACUAGGGAUAAAGAGGGGCACUUCAAAAUAGUAAAAGAGAAAAAUAAAGUUCUAAAUGUUAAUGCACCUAGUAGCAUAGCCUCAAAGUAUGUUAAAAUGGUAUGGGCAAAAGAUGAACAGGCGCUUCAAAAAGGAGAGUAUUCAAAUGGCUUAUGAGAGAAGGCAGGUGUUCAGCACUAUUAGUUACUAGGGAAAUGCAAAUUUAUACGAAGAUACCACUACACACCUAUCAGAAGGGCUAAAAAUAAAGACUGACAAUGACAGGUGUUGAUGAGGAUGUAGAGCAACUAAAACUCUCAUGUAAUCCCCAGAAGGAGUGAACAAAUGGGCAAUAUCUACUGAAGCUAAACAAGCCUAUCUUAGAAUCUAUUAAAUUCCACUAGCUGGUAUAUGCCCAAGAGGAAUGAGUGCAUAUGCCCACUGAAAGUCAUGUUUACAAGUAUGCUUAUAGCAAGAUUUUCCAUAAUAGCUCUCAAAUUGGAGAUAAUUCAAAUGUUUAUCGACAGAUGGAUAAAUAUAUUGUGCCAAACAUUUACAAUAUAAUUUUAAGUAGCUAUCAAAAGAAUGAACUACCGCUAUGUGAAACAAUAUGAAUGAAGCUCAUAGACAUAAUAUUAAACAAAAGCCAGACACAAAGGAAUAUAUACACUGUACGAUUGCAUUUAUAUGCAUUUCAGGAACAAGGAACAGGUAAAACAAUGUUAUCACCCUCAGUCAGAAUAAUGAUAAUGGAGAGAGGAGUAACCUAUUAUUGACUUAGAAGGGCAUGAGGAAACCUGGGGUGCUGGAAAUGGUCUAUGUCUUGAUUUGAAUUAUGUGGGUAUAUACUUAUAAAAAUGCAUUGAACUGUAUAUGUAAGAUGUUUGUACUUUCUGAAUGUUAUACCUUAAUAAAAUACAUAAAAGCAAAAA